UUACUAAUGCUACUGUAAAUGUUGAAACACCAUUCUAUGCUGACCUGUCAGCUUUAUGUACGAGUAAUAGUCAAAUUUUGAAAUUAAAUGUUGCUGAUACAAACAGUCACGAUGAAGUUGCAGAAAGAAUUGAUUAA